AUGGUGGAUACAAGACACCAGGCGGAAAAACCAGGCUUCAUUCUUGUGUUCUUCUUGAGAAUAUAUUCAGACAAUAUUCGUUCCCUUGCUACGUUUGCGUCUCCUGAAUCUGUUUUGCCAAAAAAAUACGGUGGCACUUACACAGUCACUUUGAUUCCAGGUGAUGGUAUCGGUAAGGAAAUCACUGAUUCGGUGCAAACCAUUUUCAAGGAUCAAAGGGUUCCCAUAAAUUGGGAAGUUGUCGAUGUCUCCGGCUUGAGUGAAGACCAACAAGGUGUCACCGAGGCUGUGAACUCCUUGAAAAGAAACAAGGUCGGUUUGAAGGGAAUUUUGUACACACCCACAAACAAGACUCAUAAAUCUUUGAACGUUGCUUUGAGAAAGGAAUUGGACAUUUAUGCCUCCUUGGUCUUGAUCAAGAACAUUCCCGGUGUCAAGUCCAGGUUGGAUGGAAUUGAUUUUGCUUUGGUCAGAGAAAAUACUGAGGGAGAAUACUCGGGAUUGGAACAUCAAUCUGUUCCCGGUGUUGUCGAAUCUUUGAAAAUCAUGACAAGAUUCAAAUCGGAAAGAAUUGCUAAGUUUGCUUUCGAUUUUGCGAAGAAGAACAACAGACAGUUGGUCACUGCUAUCCAUAAAGCAAACAUCAUGAAGUUGGGAGAUGGAUUGUUCAGAACAACAGUCAAGGAUGUAGGUCAGGACUACCCAGGAAUUGGGGUCAAUGACUUGAUUGUUGACAAUGCAUCUAUGCAAGCUGUUGCAAAACCUCAGCAGUUUGAUGUCUUGGUUACCCCAAAUUUGUAUGGAUCGAUUCUUUCCAAUAUCGGAGCUGCAUUGAUUGGUGGUCCAGGCUUGGUGCCAGGCGCAAACUUUGGCAGAGAGUACGCAGUUUUCGAGCCAGGUUGCAGACAUGUUGGGUUGGAUAUCAAGGGCCAAAACACUGCUAACCCAACCGCCAUGAUCUUGUCGGCCACUAUGUUGUUGAGGCACUUGGGCUUGAACUCGCACGCAGACAAAAUCUCGCAAGCUACUCACGACGUGAUCUUGGAGGGAAAUGUCAGAACUAGAGACAUCGGCGGUACUUCGACUACUACUGAGUUCACAGAAGCCAUUUUAGCCAAAUUGAAUGCUUGA